AUGGCCGACACGCUCAUCUACGUGCCGACCAACAACUGCGCACGUGUGAUGAUCUUCCUGCGCCUAAAUGGGCUAGAGCACGAGGUCUCCAUCAAGUCGCCGUUUGAUUAUGGCGGCCUCGACACAGACGCCUACCGCGCCAUCAACCCAAUGGCAAAGCUGCCUGCGCUCAUCACCUCCGCUGGAGACACAGUCUUCGAGUCGCAGGUGAUUGUCGAAUACCUCGCGGACAAGUACUCGCGCCGACUGACCGAGCCCUGCCUCCCGUCGACGCUAGAGGCAAGGACAAAGGCGUUCCUCCUCGGAGCUCGUACCCCCCCCCCCACCCCCAAGCCCACGCACCAUGUCAGGGGCGCCAUGUACAAGGAAAAGAUGCCGCUGGAGGAGCGCAAGGGGAGAGCUGCAGACCUCUGGAAGCAGCUCGAGGUGAUCGAGGGGCUGCUGGACAGCGACGGUCCCUUUGCCGCGGGCGAGCUCUCGCUGGCAGACUGUGCCCUCUACCCGACCUAUGUCUUUGUGGUUGAGCUGGCGCCCAUCUCGCUCGGAUGGGAAAAGCCAUUCGAUAAGCUGGAGAAGACUAAAAAGUGGUUCGCCUUCUGCGAGGCGCACGAAGUCCUCGGCGUCGUCGGUGCCGACGUGCACGCCUUGGUGAAGAAGAUCCUAACCGCCCAGGCCGAGGGGGUUGCGAAGCAAGUAGCGGACGCGGAGGGCAUGGCGGAGGGGCUGAAGGCACUUGCUCUUUGCGUCUGA